CCUGCUGUAUGGAGCAGAACCGCCCUAUUUUUCCCAUCUCCUACAGUGGAUCUCGUGUGCAAGCCGGUUAGCAUGCCACUCUGACGCGGAAUCUACUGCAAAUAAAUCCAGAUUGUUCAUACACAACGCCAAACACCUGCAGUUGGAGCAAAGACCUGGUUGUGCAGAAAUAUUGGCGCCGAGGAGGGAGUGGGUUGGUGGAAAGAGGGCUGCGUGGCGGUGGGAAGUGCUCUUCUAACCAAAUCCUCCAGAACAUGGCGGAGCACCACACCGCCUCCGACUGUAAGCACAAAGCCAACUCCAACGCCGGAGGUUCGGUCUCGGGCAACGGACGGCCCAGCUCCCCGGCUGGAUGCGGCGGCAGCGGAGGAGGCCUGUCCGGGGGACUGACGCAGCCGGCGGGAUGGCAGUCUUUGCUGUCGUUCACCAUUCUCUUUCUGGCCUGGUUGGCAGGGUUCAGCUCGCGACUUUUCGCAGUUAUUCGCUUCGAGAGCAUUAUUCACGAGUUUGACCCUUGGUUCAACUACAGAUCAACUCAUCAUCUCACAACUAAUGGCUUUUACGAGUUUCUCAACUGGUUUGAUGAGAGGGCCUGGUACCCACUGGGCAGAAUAGUGGGAGGGACGGUGUAUCCUGGUCUGAUGAUGACGGCGGGCCUGAUCCACUACAUACUGAAUCUGCUUCAUGUGACGGUGCACAUACGUGAUGUCUGCGUGUUUCUGGCCCCGGUUUUCAGUGGCCUGACUGCCAUUUCUACCUUCCUAUUGACGCGGGAGCUGUGGAACCAGGGUGCCGGCCUGCUGGCGGCGUGUUUCAUCGCUAUCGUACCAGGCUACAUAUCACGCUCUGUGGCCGGCUCGUUUGACAAUGAGGGCAUCGCCAUUUUUGCCUUGCAGUUUACCUACUACUUAUGGGUGAAAUCAGUGAAAACUGGCUCGGUCUUCUGGGCCAUCGGCUGCUGCCUCUCGUACUUUUACAUGGUGUCUGCAUGGGGAGGAUAUGUCUUCAUCAUCAACCUGAUUCCUCUCCAUGUUUUCGUGCUGCUCCUUAUGCAGCGCUUCAGCAGGAGGCUGUACAUCGCCUACAGCACUUUUUAUAUAGUGGGGUUGGUGCUGUCCAUGCAGAUCCCGUUCGUUGGCUUCCAGCCCAUCAGGACGAGUGAGCACAUGGCUGCUGCAGGUGUAUUUGCACUGCUUCAGGCUUACGCCUUUCUGCAGUAUCUGAAGGAUAGACUGACCAGGCAGGAGUUCCAGACAUUGUUUUUUCUUGGCGUUUCUCUGGCAGCAGGGGGGGUUUUCCUUACUGUCAUUUACCUGACUUACACAGGGUACAUUGCUCCUUGGAGUGGGCGUUUUUACUCUCUCUGGGACACAGGAUACGCAAAGAUCCACAUCCCCAUAAUCGCCUCUGUGUCAGAGCACCAGCCCACCACCUGGGUCUCCUUCUUCUUUGACCUGCACAUCCUCGUCUGCACCUUCCCAGCAGGCCUCUGGUUCUGCAUCAAGAACAUCAACGAUGAGCGAGUCUUUGUGGCUCUGUACGCCAUCAGCGCGGUGUACUUUGCCGGUGUGAUGGUGCGUCUCAUGCUGACACUCACCCCAGUGGUGUGCAUGCUCUCAGCCAUCGCCUUCUCCAGUGUGUUUGAGCACUACCUGGGUGAUGACAUGAAGCGUGAGAACCCGCCGGCUGAGGACAGCAGCGAUGAGGACGACAAGAGGAAUCAGGGGAACCUCUAUGAUAAGGCCGGCAAAGUCCGAAAGCAUGUUUCGGAGCAGGACCGCCCAGAGGAGGGUUUGGGCCCUAACAUCAAAAGCAUCGUUACCAUGUUAAUGCUGAUGCUCUUGAUGAUGUUUGCUGUGCACUGCACGUGGGUCACCAGCAACGCCUACUCCAGUCCUAGUGUAGUGCUGGCGUCAUACAACCAUGAUGGAUCGCGCAACAUUCUGGAUGAUUUCCGUGAAGCAUAUUACUGGCUCAGGCAGAAUACAGAUGAACAUGCUCGAGUCAUGUCCUGGUGGGACUACGGGUAUCAGAUCGCAGGCAUGGCCAACCGCACCACGCUGGUGGACAACAACACGUGGAAUAACAGCCACAUAGCACUGGUUGGUAAAGCCAUGUCCUCCAAUGAGAGUGCAGCCUAUGAGAUUAUGAAGUCCUUGGAUGUGGAUUACGUCCUGAUCAUUUUUGGGGGAGUGAUUGGAUAUUCAGGCGACGACAUUAACAAAUUCCUGUGGAUGGUGCGCAUUGCUGAGGGAGAGCACCCUAAAGAUAUCCGGGAAAGUGAUUACUUCACACCGCAGGGGGAGUUUAGAGUGGAUAAGGCCGGCUCUCCAACCCUGCUCAACUGUCUGAUGUACAAGAUGUCUUACUACCGCUUUGGGGAAAUGCAACUGGAUUUCCGCACACCUCCUGGAUUUGACCGGACACGAAACGCAGAGAUCGGCAACAAGGACAUCCGUCUGAAGCACCUGGAGGAGGCGUUCACCUCCGAGCACUGGCUGGUGCGCAUCUACAGGGUGAAGAAGCAGGAGAACCGACAGGCUCUGGAUCAUAAGUUCCGCAACAUCGCAGCCAAGCAGAAGUUCACCUCAAAAAAGACAGCCAAGAGGAAGAGGGGAUACAUCAAAAACAAAUUGGUUCUGAAAAAAGGCAAGAAACUGAACAAGAAGUCUGUUUAGCUAUCGAAAGAAAACGUUGAGAAUGGAAAAAAGGAAAACAAAAGACAAGGACAAAUGUAACUAGUAAGUAAUCCACCAAUCAAAAAGAAGAACAAACAUGUUGUCUGGCGCCGCCCACCUGAGAACAUUUGAUUGGAGGCUUUUGGUCCCGCGAUUGCCAUGAUGACACGGAGGUUCCAUGAUGGGUUCGAGGACGAGGCGAGGACGGGGAUCUGCACCGCGGUUUUAAUCUGACAACUCUGGACUUAGUUUUGUUCUUGCGUUCUCUUUUUUUUUUUUGGUUUUUGUUUUUUGUUUUCUUUUGUACUUGAAUGUGCUGAUGAAGCGAGAGCGCUGUCCGUGUCUCAAAAGGCACGCACUAUUUUUGUGGUACAGUUUAAUAUAAACCAACUGAAUGCUAAAACAACGAACGAAUUUCAUCAAGCUCAGUGAACCUUGGAGCACCAAAGAUUUUUUGUUUUGUCAGGGCCUGUAAUAAAUUGUUAACUUUUGAUUAAAAAACGAUUUAAAAAUAAAAGAUAUGGAAAAAUCGGAGGAAUGCGGAGCUAUCUGCAGUGCGACAGCCUCUAAAAUGCUCUCUUGGUUUCAGCUGUUAUCUGACAAACCCAGUUUCCUACGUGACAGAAUGCAGUGGGCUCUUUGUGGCUCUGAGGUUGUUUUUUUUUUUUUCCCCUAAGGCAGUCAUCGCAAAGGACUCGAUUAUUAGUAAUGUUUAACUAUUGUGGUGAUUUUGAAUCUAAAUUAUUUUGUUUGUUACAUCAUUUUGAAUGUUUUUUUUGUUUCGUUUUUCUAUUGGUUGUAAGAUUUUAUGCAAUAAUUCUAAAUUCAAAUGAAGAAGAUCUGCUUGUAUUUCCUCUGUUGCUCAUGUGUUUUGUCCAGACGGGGUGCUGUGGUUUGGCAUCUCCUGCGCACACAUUUGCGAAAAACAGAUGCUUAUGGAUGUUUUUCUUGGGCCAAUUAUAAAUCUAAGUUUUCUCCCCUUCCUAAACGACUGUCUGCCAGGACAAAGAGUGAAGUGAAUUAGUUGUAGGUUUAUAAAAUGCUGCAUUACUAGCCUGAAUGCACUUUGUCUUAGUUCACCUUAAUGUGGAUCCACUACCGAGUAGCAUGCAGGUGGAGAGUGCGUAUUUUUAGUGUGAAUAUUCCGAUUUUUUAUUUUACGUUGAAAAGGGCGCUUCCUGCAACAUCCAGUGGGUUUUUUCCUCGGUUCUUCUGGGCUGCCAUUUAAACUAACCUCUUUAUUCGUUUUCUGCCUUUCUGGUUUUCAUCCUUGCAUAUUGCUUUUGCUUCAUCUGUUUUUGUAAGAUAAUUAGAAGGCAAAUUUGAUCGGUUUCCCCCCUCUUCUCCAUAACAUAUCCAUAUUAUUCUACUCGGAGGGCUCUGAAGCUUAGGGGAUGGUAUUUAUUAACAAGAAUGCGUUUGAAGUUGAGAAGAGAAAGCCUUUCAUCCUGAAAUGCAAAAACUGUAUUUUUUUUUUUCUUUUUCAAGUGAAAAUUUAUUCCAUAAAUUGUCAAAUUAAAAAAUAUAAAAAAAGAGCGAGAGAAAGGCAAAGAUGCUGUUUGUGAGAAUGAGUUGAUGCCAUUUGUGAUUAAAAGACUCAAUGAAAGAAUCUGC